GCAGCCGGGAAUUACGAUCCCCUUUGCAGGGGUCUGACAUGAGUUAAGCAUCCAUCCAACUUGCGUGAUCCCCUCGCUAUGGGUGACUGCGGCUCAUUUCCUAGCCGUAGAGAUUAGUCUAAUUAGCAGAGCAAAUCUGGGUAAGGCAAGCUCUUGUAAUUAGUAAUCAGUUGGAUGUUUCCACGCACUUUCUUUGCCUGAGGGGUAGAGAGGAGUUUAGCGGAUGGCCCAGUUUUGGGAGCAGGGAGGACUUUGGAGAAGUCAAGGUGAAUGGAGCUGGAGCAGCUGGUGGCACUGGUGGCUCUCCUCAGUCCCAGGUGUUGCUGCAUCCCAUUUGCCCAUCGCGACCUUCUUGCCUGGGGGAGCCCAUCGAGCAUGGGGUGGAAAGCAAAGAGACGGGCCCGUCUGUGUCCCCAAACCACCCCAGCACCGUCUUUCCCCAUAGCCUGCUGUCCUGGAUCGUGUUCCAAGUGACAGUGGUGGCCCCGGCAGCUCCUGGCUGCUGUCUGGGAUGUGUGACCUGAAGAUGGGAAGCUGGCAAGAUGCUUCUCCACAGCUUGGCCAGGCGUGGAGGUGAUGUCUCCAUCAGCAAGUGCUUAGUGGAGGUGGUUGUGUGUCAACAUCUCAUCCAUCCCGUCCUUCGCUUGGGGAAACCGAGGUCUCCGCUGCUGUGGAGAGAGGAACAAAGGAUGUUUAAGACUGAUGAGCCAUCACCUUUGGGUGACGGGCAGAGGGUAGUCAUACCCGGGCUCUUCUGUGCUGCAGCAAGGGUGAAAAUAUAUCACAAGCCUUGUUAAAACCAGGUGUGAGACCCCCCAGCCCGGGACCAGAAGGUGGUUCCUGCUGGGAAGGGGGAUAAUCCUUCCCACGCCGUGAUAAUUAGCAUUACUGGGUUUAUGUGGGAGCUUCUAUGAGGUAACUUAAUUAAUUAUGAUUGAUUAACAGGUGUCCCCAGCCAAAGCUGAAGCUGGAGAGACAUUUUGUCACCGUGUUGGGAACACGCUUGUGCUGGGGUCACGGCAGGGUGGUUUUACCCCUCGGGACCGAGCCCAGCGGAGGCUUUGCAGCUUCAGAGUGGGAGCUGCCAGUGGGUGCUGGGAUGGUGACAGCAUUUUCUUCUGCUGGGAGAGACCCAGAAAGAUACCCGUUGGCUUUUUAUUUUGUUUCCUCUCUUUGAACAACUUUAAUGUGUAGCCAAGGGGGGAAAUUUGAAGUGGACUGAAUAAAAUAGGAAAGGAGGCGGCACCACGCAGGCGAGGACGUGGGGCCUCAAACCACCCCAAGCAUCCAAGUUGCUGGAUGCACCAGGCGCCGGGACCGAUGCUGCUCCUCCGCUGGCUUCGCUUCUCCUCCAGCCGGGAUGGGAGGAAGGGUGGCCGAGCCGGAGACGAUGACUGCCGAGAGCGCUGAAACCAACGGACCCAUGCGGGAGCCGGAGGGGGGGACGACGAAGCCACCGGUGCCCCCCGCUCCGCCACGGCGCCGGGGACGCAGGCUGCGGCGCAAGUCACCGCCGGAGGUCCCGGUGAAAGGGCAGCUCCGCAUGCGCUCGCCGUCGGGAGCCUUCGUCAUGGUGGGCAUCUCAGUGGUCCUGGUGGGCAUGACCAUUGCCGUGGUGGGCUACUGGCCCCAUCGGGGACCCGGGGGCACUGGGGCCAGUGCCAGGAAUGCCAGCAUCGCGGGGGACAUGAGGAGGGAGGUGGCCGCCGGGCGCCACGUGCCCCACAGCGAGAAGCUCAAGCUGAUCGGCCCCGUCAUCAUGGGCAUCGGGCUCUUCAUCUUCAUCUGCGCCAACACCAUGCUGUACGAGAACAGGGACAUGGAGACCCGCAGGCUGAUGCAGAAGGGGCUCUACUCCAUGGCGGCGGGUCUCCCCGAGGGGAUCGGCCCCGAGGACGGGCGCUGCCAGCGCGGGGACGGCCAGCCCGUCCCCAAGGCCAACGCUGAGUGCGUGGAGGGCUGCUACCAGGUGGAUCUCUCCUGCCAGCCCUGCCCCGGCCCCUGCAGCAAGUGGUCCGACUGCUACGGCCCCAACAGGCUCCAGACCACAGCCGAGUUCCUCCAACACCCGGCAGCAUCUCCCGCCGCCUCCCUCCUCAGCCUCCGCUCCGGCGCCUCCGCCGAGGCCAACCUCAGCCUCUCCUGCCGCACCGGAGCGGACUCCCUCCUCUCCUCAGCCGUCGGCGCCUUGGCGUUGCCCGUCAUCAAGCUCAACAACCGCUUGCUGGACGCGGCGGCGCGGGGGGCCAGCGAGAGGGCCGAGGCGGGACCUGCCGAGCCCCCCUCUGAAGCACCACGGCUCUCCCGGGCUCCGCUCUCUGGCAGCAUCGCAUCCCGCAGCCAGGACCGUGGUGGUGGUGGUGGCCACGUCAUCAUCAACAUGGAUGGCGGCUGCCCCGGCACGGAGCCGGCGGCGGCAGAGCUCAGCCCCGAUGCGCAGCUCCACACGCCGGGACACUCCAAGUCCCUGGACCUCGGCCAGCCGGGGAUGCUGCUGGUGGCCCCCAUCAAGGACCGUAAGAACCGGAGCUGGCCCCGGCUGGACCACGUCAGCCUGGUGGGUUAUGCCAAACUGGAAAGUACUGGCGAGUCCUCGGACCGGCUGCUGGAGCCCAGUGAGCCCCCGAGCCGGGGCGAGCUCCGACCCAGCUCCUGGGUGGUGGGGAUGGAGCGAGGCGUGCGGGUCUGACAUCCCCAGUGCCCUCAGGGACCGUAACGUCGCAGUCCCUCAUCCUGGCCCCCAGCACCCACCAGCAACCCCAAACCCCCGUGUCCAGGAGGUGUUCAGGGACAGUGUUUUUAAGCGGAUGCCAAGAGGGAGGUCGUGACCUGCUGCUCCUGGGGGAGGACUCGCCUGGGGUGGGUGGGAUGUCCUCUCCUAGCUGCCUCUCGACAGCUUCCCGGUGGAUGCCCUUGGCCUUACAAGCCCUUCUCCCAGUGGCUUUUCCAGAGGAGCCCUCGCUUUGAGACCCAACACAAACCGCGGGAUGGGGACACAGGGCGGGCGAAGCCCCACCAGCCCCCGCAGCACUUUAUUUCAGCGGGGUUGGGGUGGGGGGAUGUUUUGGGGGGUUGGUGUCCCCUUGCCCACUCUCAACCCACCGGAAAAUUUGCUUGACCAGAGCACGUAAGCCCGACGGGGCUAUUAAAUAUUAUCUUGAUGCCA